AUGAAUCACAACACCAACAUCCACUUUGGGAACCGGACACUGAUCCCACACGAUCUCCACGGCCGGAGUUACCAAGACCCAGCCGUAAGCAUCGUGCCACAUCCGUUCCCUCCCAACCGCGCUCAUCCGACGUUUGAAGGACCUAGCCGAGACGAGCAUCAUUACCAUCAUCAUCAAAACCGACCUCCGGUUUAUCAUCAACCACCUAGACCAGUGUUGCAUUCACACCACGACCAUGUUCUCAAUAGGCGGAGAGAUAGCCAUUUCGAUGCCGUGCUUGAGGGUUUCAUGGAGAGCCAAAGAAAAACUAGCCGCGACAUUGAGACAAAGCUAGAGUUCACGCGAUACGAACUAGAUGGAAGACUUGGAGAACUCUCUACCCAAAUAGAGAGAGUAGAGUCAAGAUGCUUGGACAUGGAGGAAGAUUUGAAGAAGCAAGGCGAGGCCAUUGAAGACAAUAGGAGAGCGAUACACUUUACCAAAGUUUCUACCAAGGAGAUGGACAAUCACUUAGAUGAGAAGAUCUCAAGUCUUGAUAACAACCUCGAUGGCACCACCAAGAGUCUCAAUUCAAUAACAGCAGUAGCUCAUCAAGCUAAGAGGGAGGUAGCCGAAGUAACCCUAAAGGAGAGGCAAUGUUACUCGACGAUGCUUACAUUGGUGGAAGGGCAAAAACAAGUGAAGGCACAAAUCCGAGAUUUACACAUCUCUCUAGACAAGAGGAGCCAAGAUAUUCAAAGAAGAGCUAGAGGGCUUGAAGACAAAGUAGAUGGAGUCUCCAAGGAAGUCAAGGAUUUAACCACUCGCUUAGCCAACUUGGAAGAGAAGGUCUUGACCGAGGCAAAGACGACCGUUCUAAGCACAACCAUGCCGCGCCCGUCUUUACUAUAA